AUGAUAAAGGCCCUUGAGCGCCUCUGGGCACUUUGGAUAUCAGUUCAAGUUGAGUUCCAGGGUCGAUAUUCGGUGGAGCGACUGCAGCAGCUCGAGGUUUAUUCGAAAAGUCUGGGUACUGGGAGACUUCUCGCCAUAUUGCUGCUAACACCGCUACCCAGUCUUGUCAUCAGCUUGCUGAAGGAGGUCCCACCUUUGAGUCCAAUUCAUGCUGGAGUUUUCAACAACAAGACCUUUUUCGUUCGCGCGUGGCGAGCGAAUGCAGCGCUGUGGAACGAUGUCAAGCGACAAUUAUCCGUCUUUUACUGCCAGGUGGCGCUCACCUUCAUCUAUCCGAUCUACAUCUACGGGUUCGUGUCCCUUACUGGGAUCCAUCAAGUCAUGUUUGUCAUGCUCUUGCCGGUUAUCCAGAUAAUUGCCAAGAAUUGGGUCAGCCGCCAGCUUACGAACCACGACCUCAAACCUGAAAGCGUCAUCUUCAUCGUAGAAGUUUUCAACGCGCUCUAUGUGUCGCAUGCUCUUCACAAUUCCUCUUCUUGGAAGACGACAGCUACGAUUAUGAGCAUCGAUUUCACGCACUUUUGGCUGUCCAUGCUGGACGUAGUGCAGGCUCUCGACGAAUUGAAAGCUCUCAUGGCUAAAAUUCCCCGCGGACAUCCCAUCGCGAAAGAAAAUUUCGUUCAUGUGGCAACGCGCCUCGUGGAAAUUGAAUAUAUGCUCAGCCCUGCAAGCAAAAGAAGCUCUCCAGGUGGCUCCAAGCUAUCGUGGAGAGCUCAGAUGGAAGCGUGGCUGAGCUCAAGAGAUAUGCUGAGCAAGGGGUCUACUUCACGGCGAGAUGCAACAGAACUGAAUAGCUUUGUGAACCCUACUGCUAUCAUCGGACUGGAAACGAUAUUUUCACGCCAAGAGCGCGCCGAGCUCAUUCGUAAAAGCGCGCGAGUUCUGUUUGUUACCGAGUACAUCGUGCUCAUCGAGUACGCCGAAGUCGUCCUGCCCAUUAUCUACUCUCUACAUGAGGUGAUAUUGUAUCACAUGCACAACCGGGCGUACUACCCAGCACUCGCUGAGAUGUCCACGGCCGAUCUUCGUUCAUCCGUGGUGAACGUUCUGACAUACAGCUCACUCGAGUUUCUCUCGCUGGUUAUGGCCCUCAUUGUGCUGAAGCGCACAGUCGGGCUUUCAAUACUGCGACAGCUCGCAUUCGUACUGGAGACGCAAGCGUCAAUGGUGCAGUCCAAGCUCACCACGCUGUUCGUAUACGUGAUGCAGGUGCCGCUGGUGCAUCUCGGCGCGGACUUCAGCUUUAAAUUCGCGUGGGUCCACAACAGAGACUCCUAA